AUGGUGAAAUCAUUUCAAGAUGGAAAGUCGAUCGACUUCAAUGCGAUCGCUCCAAGAUUGAACGCUCCAACUCAAACUGAAGCUGUUGCAAGAGAAACAGAGAUGGCCCAAAACAAGAUUCUCUAUGCUGCAAAGCUCGACAAGGACAUGCGAAGGUCAGCCUACUUCAAGACAAACAAGAGAACCGUCAAAUCAAACAUCAUGCUGAAGUUUGUGACAAAGGCAAUGGAUCUCAAGCUUCAAUGUGAAGCGGAUUUCACAACUACUCUUGAAGAUCCGAUCGAACUCUUGAAACGUGUUGAACGAUUCAUGAAGAAGAUUGCUGAUGCUGAGUAUGAUUUCUUGGAUUUCUGGGAAGCGAAUCAAAAGUUCUUUGAUAUGAAGCAAGGAACAACGGAAAACUUCAUGCAUUUCAAGGAACGAUUCUUGAGACAGGCUGAAGUCCUGCAAGAUCUAUAUGACAUGGCCUGGUUCCAAGAUUUUGCAGUCAAGACGAAAGCGUAUGCUGCUAUUGCUAGCACCAAUACUGCUGCUAAAAACAAGUUCAAGGAUGAUAUCUUUGAAGCCGUUCUUGCAACAGGAUUUCUUUGCAACUGCGAUCAAACGAGAACAGCUCCUCUGAUGCUGGAUCUUCAGACAAACUAUUGCAGAGAAGUGGAUUAUUAUCCAAAGACGGUCAGCAAAGCACAAGAUAUGUUGAAAAUUCACAUGGAA